GUAGUAAGUAAACUAUUCAUCUAUCAUAAAUUAAUUUCGAUAUUUUGUAAGAAUAACUAAUCACUGAACAAAACGGUAGUUUACACUUUUCAGUGGCAUUGGAAUCUCCUCAAAAUCGAGCUGUCACACUCACCUCCCCUGUCUCCUCUUCGCUUCGGUACUUCCGAAGAUUUCAUUUUCUAGACACUCCAUCCUCUCUCACACACACCUUAAUUUCGAAUUUUUGUCAAUUGGUGAUGCAGUUACUCUGAACUCGAGCUGAGAGAGAGGCAUAGAGAUCCUUGCGAUUCGUUGUAUCCGUAACAUUUAACAAUCUCGUUUUGUUUUUCUUCUGUUCCUCUAUUAUCAACAAUCAAAUGGCUAAUGCAUCUGGGUUCUUCACUCAUCCUUCAAUUCCUAACUUGCGAAGCAGAAUCCAUGUUCCGGUUAGAGUUUCUGGAUCUGGGUUUUGCGUUUCCAAUCGAUUCUCUAAGAGGGUUUUGUGCUCUAGCGUCAGCUCCGUCGAUAAGGAUGCUUCGUCUUCUCCUUCUCAAUAUCAACGACCCAGGCUAGUGCCGAGUGGCUGCAAAUUGAUUGGAUGUGGAUCAGCAGUUCCAAGUCUUCUGAUUUCUAAUGAUGAUCUCGCUAAAAUAGUUGAUACUAAUGAUGAAUGGAUUGCUACUCGUACUGGUAUUCGCAACCGUCGAGUUGUCUCAGGCAAAGAUAGCUUGGUUGGCUUAGCAGUAGAAGCAGCAACCAAAGCUCUUGAAAUGGCUGAGGUUGUUCCUGAAGAUAUUGACUUAGUCUUGAUGUGUACUUCCACUCCUGAUGAUCUAUUUGGUGCUGCUCCACAGAUUCAAAAGGCACUUGGUUGCACAAAGAACCCAUUGGCUUAUGAUAUCACAGCUGCUUGUAGUGGAUUUGUUUUGGGUCUAGUUUCAGCUGCUUGUCAUAUAAGGGGAGGCGGUUUUAAGAACGUUUUAGUGAUCGGAGCUGAUUCUUUGUCUCGGUUUGUUGAUUGGACGGAUAGAGGGACUUGCAUUCUAUUUGGAGAUGCUGCUGGUGCUGUGGUUGUUCAGGCUUGUGAUAUUGAAGAUGAUGGUUUGUUCAGUUUUGAUGUGCACAGCGAUGGGGAUGGUCGAAGACAUUUGAAUGCUUCUGUUAAAGAAUCCCAAAACGAUGGUGAAUCAAGCUCCAAUGGCUCGGUGUUUGGAGACUUUCCACCAAAACAAUCUUCAUAUUCUUGUAUUCAGAUGAAUGGAAAAGAGGUCUUUCGCUUUGCUGUCAAAUGUGUUCCUCAAUCUAUUGAAUCUGCUUUACAAAAAGCUGGUCUUCCUGCUUCUGCCAUCGACUGGCUCCUCCUCCACCAGGCGAACCAGAGAAUAAUAGACUCUGUGGCUACAAGGCUGCAUUUCCCACCAGAGAGAGUCAUAUCGAAUUUGGCUAAUUAUGGUAACACGAGCGCUGCUUCGAUUCCGCUGGCUCUUGAUGAGGCAGUGAGAAGCGGAAAAGUUAAACCAGGACAUACCAUAGCGACAUCCGGUUUUGGAGCCGGUUUAACGUGGGGAUCAGCAAUUAUGCGAUGGAGGUGAAUGGCUAAGUCCAACAAUGUAAGUUAACUUCAGAGCCAAAGCUUUUUUCUCCCUCGAGGAACACUGGAAAUUGGUUUAACCGGUCUUGUUUAGUCCGGUUAAACUAAAGGUAAAGCACAUUUUGUCUGAAUUCAGUCUCUCUUUUUUUGAAGGUUCAUUGUUGUUACUUGUUUAACUUUGUUAGUUAUUUCGAAUGCUAAUAACCAAAAAGAAGAAAGAAAAGGGAGCAUUCUUUCAUCAUUUCUUGUUUGUAAUGUUAAGACAACAUUUCUCCAUUUGCUUAAAUCUUUUCUUCUUCUGUUUUUGAGAACUAUUAGAAUCAAAAUGUUUUAUAUUUCUGUUCAAUUUUCUAUACGAAUUAGAAUC